CCGAAAUUGGUCAUUGAAUGUGAGAUGCCGUGUAUACUAGUACUGGACGAACGAGUACGGACUUGGUCUCUCAUGCUCGUUCGUUCUACAGCACAUACUUCACAUUCAAUCCCAGUGCUGAGCGAUGUGGAAUGAGCACGCCGGCAUUUGCAUCGCCAGACUGAGGUUCUGUCAACCCCUCUAUACUACUCCCGUCUACUACUGUAAUUGUAUUCUUUAUUUCAAUAAAGCUUGGCGAGGUUGGGGAUGCUGAGCCGCGCCCCCCUCCGCACCUGCCGUUAUGGCCCAAGCAGGUUGUUGCCUGCCAAUGUGUUUCCUGUGGCCAUAUUGGUGCUGAGAAACGCCCAAUUGACCCGGAGCGGGUUCGCGCGGAGCUACUCGAGCGAGCAUGCUCACCACGAGGCGCGGAUCGAGAGUGUUCGCAACAUUGGCAUCAUUGCCCAUGUCGAUGCGGGCAAGACUACCACAACCGAGCGUAUGCUGUAUCACAGUGGCGUGACGCGCCAUCUUGGGAAUGUUGAUCAUGGAAACACCACGACCGAUUUCCUGCCCAUGGAGCGGGAGCGCGGCAUCACCAUCCAGUCCGCAGCCAUCACCUUCCAAUGGCCUCCGAAAUCGCUCUGUCCGCCAGGCUACGAGCCCACGACCAUCAACCUGAUCGACACUCCCGGUCAUCAGGACUUCCGCUACGAGGUGGACCGCUGCCUACCCGUUCUGGACGGCGCUGUGUGCAUUCUCGACUCGGUCAAGGGCGUCGAGACACACACCGAGCGUGUUUGGGAGUCUGCACACCUCUCCAAGAUUCCGCGGUUGCUCUUUGUUAACAAGCUGGAUCGGGACGGCGCCAGCUUCAGACGGUCCGUCCAGGAAGUAGCAACCCGGUUGAGAACCUGGCCUCUCCUCUGCCAGAUCCCGUGGUGGCACAAGGAUGACUUUAUCGGCGUCAUUGAUGUCAUCCACCGCCAUGGCCUGAGAUUCUCCAGCACUGGCAGUAUGUCUGUCGUCAGUGAGCAGAGUAUCGCCAAAGAUUAUCCGGCAUUGCGAGAGGAGAUGGAGACGGCCCGUCUUCGGCUGAUUGAGACACUGUCAGAGAACGACGAUCAAAUUAUGGAGGAGUUUCUUGAACUGGAAAAGGACGUGUCUUCGGCGUCCAUCAAGCGAGCCAUACGGCGCCUAAUCUUGGACGGCGAAGCUAAGUUUACUCCGGUCUUCGCGGGCGCAAGCCUGCGAAAUAUCGGGGUGCAGCCGCUGUUGGAUGGGGUCAUCGACUUCCUCCCCAGCCCCAUCGAUAGGCCGCCGCUGGAGGUCAUGGGGGCUCAGGCGCAAAACCUGUCCCAACUUCUGGAACAGAAGGUCAAGCAAAAGGGCCACCACCAACACCAGGAUCCUAUCGUGGCUCUUGCUCACGUGUUCAAAGUCGUCGACGACCCGCGUCGCGGCAUGAUGAGCUGGCUCCGCGUCUACCACGGCGCCUUCAGCCGGAGCAGUCACAUGUGGAACAGCAAUGUGCACAACUUUGAGAAGCCCCAGCACAUCCUCCACGUAUCGGCCAAGGACCACCACGAAAUCCCACACUUGUCCACCGGGCACAUUGGUGCCAUGACUGGCCUCAAGUCAGCCCGUACGGGAGACACUCUCAUCACCUUUCCCCGUCACCAUGGUAACACUGCACCCGAAGCACUCAGAAACCUACGGAUCAAAGCGCCCGAGACGCCUCCUGCGGUAGCCUUCAUCGCCAUCGAGCCAUACUCGCGCACGGCGGGCGAGAAGCUUGAGGAGGCCCUCAAGAAGCUGUCGCGCGAGGAUCCAAGCAUAAGAUGGAGCAAGGACGAGAAGACAGACCAACUGAUCCUGUCCGGCAUGGGCCUGCUACACCUCGAGAUUGCUCAGGAUCGACUCCUCACGCACUACAAGAUCGAUCGGGAGUCUGCCAUGUGGGGUGAGAUCGAGGUAGGGUACGCAGAAUGCCUGUUGGCCCCCACCAAACCGCACCGCGCCGUGUACGAUCGCCCCAUCCGCGACAAGGCCGGUAAGGCUGCCUGCACGGUCACCAUUGAACCCCUCGAAGCGCACCAUCACGACACGCUCCUCGAGUCCAGCAUCGAGCGCGACGGCAACAUCAUACACGUCGCCAUCCUACCCUCGGGCGCUGGUGACGCGGAGACGCUUCCCUUUGACCCCGAACUCGUCCGCCAGCAGCUCUUCAACGGGGCCAUCGCAGGCCUCACACGCGGACCGCGCCGCAGCGCCCCCAUCCGCCGCUGCCACGUGCACAUCUCCUUCGACCCCGCCCACGAUUUCUUUGGCACCGCCAGCACCGGCGGCCACAUCACCAACGCCGCCCUCUCCGCAGUGCGUGGCGCGCUCAAAGAAGCCCAUGCCAGCGGCCAGGUCGGAAUCCUCGAGCCCUUUACGCGUGUGCAUAUCCACUGCCCCGAGGAAGCGGGAACGGCAAUCCAGCACGAUCUCGCCUCGGCGCGGGGAGGCCAGGUGCUGGAGGUGCGCCGGCCCGAUGACGACGAGGCGCUGGCGUCUGGGACCGGGACGAUCGACAUCACCAAGGUCUACGUGCCGCCGGAUCCGUACGAGUCGGUGCAGAGCCUGAGGGGCGCCAAGAAGGGAGUCGUCCGCAUGCUGACCAUCAUCGGCAAGGCGCCGCUGAAGGAGAUGAUGAAGUACGAUAGUCAGCUCAGGAGCAUGACGGGCGGGAGGCACACGUUGCAAUUGGACCCUGGCGGGUUCGAGCUGGUGACGGGGCCUAGGGAAAGGGCUCUGGAAGAGCGCCUGGGGUAAAUGGAGGGGAGAAUGUGUAGCUCUAUAUCCAGGGGAUCUGUAUACUACCCGUCCGCGUGUUGUGGGGCUGAAGCGGGCUGUAUGUAUGUAUGUACAAGUAUGUACUGUAUGUACACUAUGUGUAUGAUCAAGUUUGAGCCGCAAUGCUUUAGAGCCUAUGGAAUC